AGACGCGGAAAGUUUCCAUAGCCACUUAUGAACAGUUCGAGAAUACGUAAUGCAAAAACAUUUGCAUAUAUAAGGCGUAGAAGUGUUAAUGAAGAGCACAGAUGUCCAAUGGUAUAAAAAUGAUGGCUCGUACAUUUCAGAAGAGUUUGUCGUUUUAAAAUGUCGUACGCUACACAUCGUGAUCGAUGGCCUUCUUGGCCAUCUCGCAUUACACUUUUAUUAAUUAUAUUUGCGUUAAUGACAAUAACGUUGCGACGAGUGGAUGCGAGUCCGUUGUCGGAUCUCGCGCAGGAAUACGAGAAUUUAGUGUCCGAAAAUUCGACGAACAAUUUGACGGACAGUUCAACGGAUAAUUCAACGGCUAGUACUGACGUAUACAUCAUAAAAGCUGUAGUUUACGAGAUAGGAGUUCUCACAGAUACGGAUAACACAACAAGUGGCGAAAGUACCGAGAGACACGAAAGAAUCGAUAUAUCGGUGUACGAUCCACCGCAUCAGGAAAAUGAAUUCUCCUAAUCCAAGGAUUUAGUAAAAAUAUAUAUAAAUAUAGCGGACAUACAAAAAUUAUAUAUAUAGAUAUCUAUGUUGAUCUAUAUACUAUAUAUAUGUUGAUAGAUCAAUAGCAGGAACUAAAAUAAAUUAUUGUUGGAUAUAAAAGACUGCGCGAACGACAUACUUUUGUUAUGUAUGUAUAUAUAUGUAUGUAUUGUAUAACUUAUUAAUUUAAUAUUAUAUACACAUAAGAUGCAA